UAUAUCUCUAUUAACACAAUGGACUUGAUUAUAACACUUAUUUCAAUGUGCUUCGAGAAUACUAUGUUUUAAUUAUGGUCAUGUCAAUAAAGCUUAUUUGAAUUUGUCUUGACUAUCAGCGUUAGAAAAAAAUGGCAUUUCCUUAUAUUUGUAUUGUUUUUUUACAUAGAUAAUUAUCUGACACAGCAAUGAAACUACUCUUAACACUUGAGAGUUGUGACUUCCUCAAAAAGACAAUUUCUUUAGAAAUUGAAACCAACCAACACACUUUCCUCAGUCACUUCAAUACUUGAUAUUCCCAUGAGCGAUGGAGGAAAUGUAUGUCAACCUUGACGAUGUCAAACCCCUAAGCUCAAGAUCAUCAACAAAACAAGAAGGUCCCAGGAGAUUUCCCCCAGCGUCUGUUCUCGGUCUGGGGCUGCUGGUUGUUUUCCUGCUGGCUGGACUCAUCGGCCUCGCUGUCCACUACCAUAACUCAGUAGGUGGUGCAGCUGCAGAUCUCUCCGCUGUCAAAGCAAACCUGACUGAGCGUCUCCAUGCCAGCGAUCAGCUGCUGUCCUCAGUGACUGAAGAGAGAGACGGACUGAAGGCCAACCUCACCGGAAAGACCAGAGAGGUGGACAGGCUUCAGAGUUUAUCCAAACAGAACCAAGACUCAGUACAUCUUUUGACUGAAGAGAGAGAACGACUGAAGGCCAACAUCACCGAAAAUACCAGAGAGGUGGACAGGCUUCAGAAGAAAACUUGCCCUGCAGGAUGGAGGAUGGUCAGUUGUGUCUGUUAUCUCUUCUCUACGGAGAAAGCUUCUUGGGAACAAAGCAGACAAAACUGCAGAGCCAGAGGAGCAGAUCUGGUGAUCGUAGACAGUAAUGAAGAACAGAAGUUCAUGACCAGCAUGAUCAAGGAACCAACUUGGAUUGGAUUGAAUGACAUAGACCAAGAGGGGACCUGGAAAUGGGUUGAUGGAUCUCUACUGACUCAGAAGUACUGGGGACAGCCACCUGAUAAUGGUAAUGGUGAUCCUAAGUGGGGUGAAGAGGACUGUGCAUGUCUUGUAAAUAACUGGAAUGGUGAAAACAACUGGAAUGAUCUGCGGUGUACUACCCCUCUGCAAUGGAUCUGUGAAAAAAUACUGUAGCUUGUGGCUAUGAGGCAGUGGGUUUGUCUUCCCAUUGGAAGGUUGUGGGUCCGAUCCCAGCUCCUGCCGUCCUCAAGUCGAUGUAUCCCACCUAACCCCAGAUUAAUCCCGUAUGAAUGUUAGCUUCCUUAAGCUGGUGGCAUUUAGUUUGGCUGGCCCUGUCUAUGAAUAUGGGAGAAUGCUAGAUAUGUACAGUAUAUACAGUAUGUAUGCUUUGAGGAGUUGUAAAGUGAUUUGUAAAAUAUCCAUAAAGAAAUACAAAAUCUG